GCUGCUUUUACCCAUACGUCAAAUCCACAUUGUAUAUCCAUAGUUGUAAGAUGUUUUUCUGCCACACACUUUUCGUUAAAUUCCAAAGUUAAGAAACCAUGUUUGCCUUCACGCGAAUUCUAGGAUCCAUGUCAUGCACCAGACCAUUUCAAUCACAGGUGCUGUGUCGAGAAGGUGUUGGUUGGCCUUCUAAGGAGUUGCACAGAAACUUACAGAGGCAUCAUUACCAAGGCAGCAAAAAUAAUAUUCUAUACAUAUUUCCUCACACACGGCAAUUCGCCGACAAAUUUUCCGAUAAGGGCAGAGGCGAGGAACUUAACUAUGUUCUCAAGCUCGCCUCGGAGCAAUUUAUAAAGAUCAAAAAGAACCGGGCUAAAGAAAUCGCCAGUGAUAUCGAGAAGCUGGAAGAGGAGAUCAAGAACUUGGAGUCCCGAACUAGCCACCAAUCCAGGAAAACUAGGGAGCUUCUCAUACAGGAGUUGAAAACACUGAAGGAGCUGCUGCAGCGCUUCAAAACGAGUCUCGAAAAAUAA